AUGGCUCAACCGGGCAUGACGGCCGCCACGGAUCCCAAGACGGAGCUGAAUCACUUUUGCCAACGCUAUUGCCAGCGGCCGGUCACCAAAGCGGAUAUUUCAUACACGACCAACAAGUUUGGCAAUCAGUACCAGAGCAUCGUAAAGUUGGAUUGCAUUCAGGGCCAAGAGUAUGCCGGUCACUUGUGCCUGAACCAAAAGGAGGCUGAGAAGUCCGCGGCGGAGCAAGCAGUCAUGGCCUUCCGCCCGCAGAUGGCCUCACUUCCUCCACCAGCAUCCAAGGAUCCAAAGAAGAAGAAGGAGAGACCAAGGCUGACUCCUGCCGAACUGGCUGCGAAGAAGGCCAAGCAAGCAGAGGAGGGUGAGAACCCUGCGGUCACACCAAAGACGCCGCUGGGCACGGUGAUGAAGAUUGCGAAGCGCUAUCUCCAAAAGGGUGAGACCAUCUACGAGACCAAGACCUACGCCGGCGGCGGCCACCAGGCCACCGUGCAGCUCAAAGCCUUGCCCGGCGAGUGGGGAAAUCGCGUGUGGGCUGGCCAUGUGAGCUCUACCAAACAGAAGGCGGAGCAGAGCGCCGCAGAGAUCGCCCUGAAGCAGAUCAGCGAGGAUUCCGAAAUGGUGGCCGAAGCCGCGAAGCCCAAGGGUGUUGGGAAGGGAAAGGGCAAAGGCAAAGGCAAAGGUUUCGGCCUUCUUUGGGGCUGGGAUUGGAACAUGAUGUGGGGCGGAGGCAGCGGACCGAACUUGCCUCGCGAGAAGGUCUCUGAGACGCCGAUGACCGGUGAAGUGGUAGAGUGGAAGGAGAACUUCGGCUGGGUGAAGCCAGCGGGGGAGGUCGAUCACCCCUCGGCCAAGCAGAGGGAAGGAAAGCUCUACGUGAGCAAGAAGGACGUCACCAGCGGAAACAUGGCCGUGGGAUGCAAGGUGAGCUUCAUGGUCUACAAGGACCCACAGGGGUUGGGUGCAGAAGAAGUACAGGUGGGCCGCUUGGUCACCCAACGGCUUUGCAGCAUGGGUCCGGCCAGUGCCCGUGGUAACGUGAAAGGCUCUGGUAAGAUUUUCGCAUGCCUGUCAGGCGCCCGUGUCCGCGCCAUGUGGCGUGUUGGUUCUAGGACGGAGCAGCGCAAACGGAAGCUCGGGCAGGUGGUGGCCCAAGACUUGGAGAACCUAAGCCUCUUCGAAGCGGACCGUGGGCCUCUGUGGGGUCAUGGGGCGUGUGGACGAAGCUCUGGACAAAAGGACACCCGGGAUGCUGCGGCCCUACUGGAACCCUUGUCCUCGGCGGCGGCAGUGGUGUGCACCACCGGUGUGCCAGCCUUCGGCAUUAGCGGGCAGUGGGAGAAGGGCAACCAUCCAGAGACGGUGGAUCACUUUGGCGUGAAGAACGUCGCGCAUGUGUGGCCCAAACGACGCUUCGUGCUCAUGUCUUCCAUCGGUGUCACUCGGCGCGAUGGCUUCCCGUACAACAUCCUGAACGGUGGUGGCGUGCUGGAUGCCAAGGCCCGUGGUGAGGAGGCAGUGGCACAGAUGGCCUCGGCGGAGGGCUUCGGGGUCACCGUGGUGCGCCCGGGCCAGCUGUUUGGUGGGCCCUAUGAGAACAAUCGCUACCUAGGGACCCUGUUCCAGCUGGACAAGGACAUCAACACGCGCGGAGUGAGUGUGCAGCCGGGCGACACCGCCGUUGGCGACACCUUGCGGAGCUCUUUGGCUGGAGUUCUGGUGAGGUAUGCCCUUUUCAGCUGGAACAAGAGAGCGUCUUCCCCAAGUGCUUCGGGGCUUACCAAGAUGCUCUUUGGCUCGGCGGAUGGGCUUUACACGCCCCGUGCACGGCUUCGGACCAGCGAGGCUGGCAGCGAGGGCAGCCUGCUGCCGGGCUCGUCGAAUGGACACCGGGCGGCGCUGGAGGUGAUCCUGUCCCGCUUGGAGUUCAAUUCCCUGGCAGCCGUGGGACACCGGGUCGUGCAUGGCGAGACCUUCACCCGGGCGACGCUUGUGAAUGAGGAGGUCUUAGAACGGAUUGAGCGCGCUGGAAGGUUGGCACCCAUGCAUAAUCCUUGGAACUUGCUGGGCAUUCAGGUGGCUCAGGAGACACUGAAGUGUCCACAGGUGGCAGUCUUUGACACUGCCUUCCAUCAGACGAUGCCACCAGAGGCAUAUAUGUAUGCCUUGCCACAUGAGCUUUGUGAGAAACACGGCCUUCGAAAAUAUGGAUUUCAUGGAACGUCCUACCUCUACAUUGUCAGCAAAGCAGCCAAAGCGUUGCAGAAGCCUGUCAAGGAGGUGAACUUGAUCGUGUGCCACUUGGGGAGUGGCGCCUCCAUGUGCGCCAUCCAAGCGGGGCAAUGCAUUGACACCACCAUGGGUUUCACACCACUCGAAGGCUUAGUGAUGGGAACUCGUUGCGGAGACUUGGAUCCUGCAGUGCCUCUCCAUCUCAUCGAGCUGGGCUACAGCACGGAGGAGGUCUCAGAGCUUCUGAACAAACACUCGGGUCUUAAGGGCCUUUGUGGCUUCUCCGACAACCGCGAUGUGGAAGCGCGCUUUCGCACGGGCGAGCAUCGCGCGCAGCUGGCGAAGAGGAUUCAGGUCUACCGCACACGAAAGCAUUUGGGCUCCUACCUGGUGGCCUUGAAUCGGGUCGAUGCCUUAAUCUUCACCGGUGGCGUCGGAGAGAAUUCGCCUUUGCACCGGUCGCUGGUGUGCGAGGGCCUGGAGAGGCUGGGGAUUCAGCUGGAUGAAGAAGCCAACCAAGCGGCGGAAGGGCGAUGCACUGGCGGCACGGCCCUGCAUAAGCCUGCGUCGAAGACAGAGAUUUGGGUGAUUCCCACCGACGAAGAGCUGUCCAUUGCCCAGCAGACUGCUGAUUUGCUGGUGGUCAACGAAGAGGGCACGCCACCGGAGGAGGAGGAGAUCGAUCAGAUGCUGUCGAGCCUUGGGUCCUCCACCUCAGGAUCUCAGGCCAACGAGCAAAUGGACAAGCGCAUGGGCUUAGCGCAAGAGACCUUCAGUCAAGCCGUGCAGAACGUCGUGAGCGGCAAGAUCUUUGACGAGUCGUAG